AUGGACCAAAUGAGGGAUGACCAGCGCCUCCUCUUUGAGGGACUCCUCAUCACCCUGGCCAAUAAGGUGUGCAUGCUGAACUCUAUGUGUGUUCUUUCCUCCUGUGAGAAUGACCCAGAGCAUGGCAUCAUGGAACACGUAGUCCGGGAUGAGGAAGGGACACUGUUAGUAGGACCAAUCUGGACCACAGGCAAGUCAGACAAGAUGGCAGCAGAGAAAGAUGACAAUGAACAAAGUAACUUGAACACCAACCCCGCCUCCAUGGAGCAAAAUGAACUACCAGGCAAUCAGAAAAGCUGGUGUUGUAGCAUGUCGAAGGUGUUCCUGGCUGCCCUUUCCUUCACAUACUUUGCAAAAGCAUUUUCCGGGAGUUACAUGAAAAGUUCUAUUACACAGAUUGAGCGCCGCUUUGACCUUUCCUCCUCCACGGUUGGAAUGGUGGAUGGAAGUUUUGAAAUAGGAAAUUUACUGGUGAUCGCCAUUGUCAGCUAUUUCGGGGCCAAGCUUCACCGACCACGGAUCAUCGCAGCAGGCUGUCUUUUGAUGUCACUGGGGAGUUUCGUUAUUACCAUGCCGCACUUCUUCAUGGGACCGUAUAAAUAUGAAUCUACAUGGACUCAUCCCACAUUGUCGCUCAGCAAUAUCACUGGGAGCGUUUCACCGUGUACGGCCACUCAGAUUCCUCCAAAUAUGGGUAAGAAAUCCAGUGGCACCCUCUUGAAUGAAUGUCAGAGAGGAACCUCUGAAACCAACUACAUGUGGGUGUACAUCCUAAUUGGGAACAUACUGCGUGGAAUUGGAGAGACUCCCAUCACCCCUCUGGGUAUUUCAUACAUUGAUGAUUUUGCCAGUACUGAAAACACUGGUCUUUAUUUGGCUUUACUUCAUGCUGUGGGUUUGCUUGGGAUGAUAGUCGGGUUCACAUUGAGUUCCUUCUUUGCCAAACUCUAUGUUGAUGUUGGCUUUGUGGAUAUGGAUGAGGUGACCAUCUCCCCACAGGACACACGCUGGGUGGGUGCAUGGUGGAUGGGAUUCUUGGUUGCGGGGAUGAUCCAUCUGCUAUCAGCCAUUCCUUUCUGCUUCCUGCCGAAGAAUAUGAAAAAGCCAGAGGUACAGAAAUCUGCUGACUUACUAAUAUUUAAAGAGAAUGAAAAGCUAGAGCCUCAGAAAAAGGCAACAAUGAAAGAGAAGUUCAACCUGGACAGGGGGAAGCCGGAUGAAUCCAAGAAGGAGGAGGAGGAACGGCGCAGCUCAUUCUUGGAAUGGGUGGUUAGGGACGUGGCCGGGGUGAGUUCUAUCAUCCACUACCUGGAUGACUUCCUGUGCAUUGGACCGGCGGCGUCACGGAUCGCGGCGAUUCUGCUGGCAACGCUGGAACACAUGGCGGAGCGCUUCGGGGUCCCCUUGUCUCCCGAGAAGACGGAGGGCCCAAGCACGGAGAUGACUUUCCUGGGCAUAACAUUGGAUUCCAUGGCAAUGGAAUGCCGCCUGCCGGAGGACAAACUUGAGGCGAUGAAGGCAGAAAUCAGGGGCAUGCUGGGGGUCAGGAAAGUGAAGCUGAGAGCGCUACAGUCGUUGCUCGGAUUCCACUUGGCACUGAAAAAGCUGGCAUGUAACCAUCUGUAUAUAUUGCUGAUGGGCAUUGCAUUGCUGCGUUUAAACAGCAUAAUCGGCUUCAUAACGUACAAACCAAAAUACAUGGAGCAGCAGUAUGGACAGUCCAUCUCCAGGUCUAAUUUCAUCAAUGGAGUAUCCAUUUUACCAGCAGCCGCUACUGGCAUGUUCUUCGGAGGGCUGAUCAUGAAGAAGUAUAAAUUCGGUUUACUGUCGGCAUCUAAAAUGUCGUUUGUCACAACAUUUGUCUCCUUAAUCACGUUUCUCUCUUUGUUUAUCAUUGGCUGUGAGAACCAUGAUGUUGCUGGGAUCACUGUGACUUAUAAUGGAAGUAAAGUGGAUAUAUUUGGUGAGCGUAGCCUUUUCUCUUCUUGUAACUCGGAGUGCCACUGUUCGUCCAGCUGGUGGGAUCCAGUGUGUGGGGAGAAUAAAGUAACGUACAUGUCAGCAUGUUUGGCUGGUUGCAAAUCUUCCUCGGGGGCAGGGAAGGCUGUUGUUUACCAUAACUGCUCAUGUAUCGAAUCUUUGGGUUUUUCAUCAGCCAAUUUAUCCGUCAUGCUGGGGGUGUGUCCACCCACUGAAAACUGUGCCAGUAUGUUUGUAAACUACAUCAUCUUACUCAGCUUUAUCACCUUUAUAAAUGCAAUCAGUCUGUCUGCAUUCUUUGUCAUCAUCCUCUGGUCAGUGAGUCCAGAGCUUAAGUCACUGGGGAUAGGAAUCUAUAUGUUACUGGUGAGAACACUGGCUGGAAUUCCUGCUCCUAUUUAUUUUGGAGCCCUAUUAGACAAAACCUGCCUGAAAUGGGGGACAAAGUUCUGUGGAGGAAAAGGGGCCUGUCGGAUGUAUGAUACCAAAUCCUACCGAAAUACCUUUCUUGGUCUCACAGCUGGAAUCAAUGCCCUAUGCAUCAUGUUAUUUAUUUGGUAUAUAUUCAUGGUUAAGAAGAGAGCUUCCAAAAAAUCACCAGAAAAUGGGGCACAGCAGGAAAAUGGCAGCACCAAGAAGAAGGAACACACAGAAGACGCCACUAAAGACGAAUGUGCAGCACUUGAGGUGGAGAAGGAAUCCUGCAUGUGAUUUGACUUUUCUUCCCUGUUCCCCAGACAUAUUACAACUUGUUCAAACUUCCAGUUUGGAUAUCCCAGUUAGUGAGCACAAUCUCCCUGCCUUGGCCUACGUGUACUAAUGGCACAUGGUAAAAACUCUGCUCUUUCUUUCAAACUUCAAAUACUUUGGCCCCCACGUAACAUUUUGAUCUUCCUAAAUUUUUUGAUUCAAAGUGUGUUUAAAUCAAGGCCACUUAACAGGAGAUGCAAA